CAUGAUAAUGAAAUAAUUAAUUUAAUUGUUGAUAAUUGUAUAAAUUGUUAUAAUAGAGAUAAUAGCAAAUUCGACGUACUACGUGCUAUCACAAGCUUAAUUUCAGACCUUCAACAAUUAUAUCCUUCUCAUGUUACAAAGUUCCUCAUUUCCACUUCUAUACUUAGUCAUGCAGGUGAAAAAAUUAAUUAUGCGCCUAAUUCACAUCUUGAUGGCUCUAUAGAUGAAUUGCCUGAAUCAGCUCUUUCCAAAACGUUUAAAAGCAUUUAUGGACAUAUUUAUGAUUUCAUAGAAGCGAUUAACAUCGGUAUGGUUGGGUCAUAUGUUGGAGUAAAUCUUGGGCUUUUUAUUGUAAUACUUCUUGGAAAUCAAACAAAUACGCUCGAACUGUUUGUUAUGGUCGUAACCUUCCUCGCUGCUGGGUUAACUAUAUUUAUAAUGUUAUGGGUAUCAAUAGUAGAUGCAUUACAUGAUAGAAGGAGUUAUUAUCCAGCAGUUAAACUGCUCAUUCCUUUGCCUAAAUUUGCAUCCUAUCCCGCUAAAUAUAAUUUCUUAUUCGAAUUAUUAAAACCUACUCCAAAUGAAUUUAUAAAAACGGCUUUACAAAUUCAAAUACCCAUUAUUUACUCUGAUUGGAAUGGAGAAGCUCUUCUGAACUUUAAAUGGAAUCGAUUUGGAAGAUUUUAUUAUUACGUAAUUUGGAUGGUGUAUACCAUCUUUCUUUUAGCCUUUACCCUAGCAACAAGUUUACCAAAUAAUUAUAUUUCUUUAGAAAAACAAAGAGCUUUAUUGAUAUUUUCUAUCACAAUGGGAUUUUCUCAGCUAACAAUUGAAAUCCGCCAAUUUAUUUGGGAUUGGAGAAGCUACAUAGUUAGUAGUUGGAAUUGGUUUGAUCUUGGAGCAUACCUAUUUCCAAUUAUAACAUCUUUCUUACGGUUAUCGAAUAUUACAAUACCAGCUUGGCUACUAGCCAUUUCAUGUGUUGCAAAAAGCGUAUUUUCCUUUUUAGUAAUUUUAGCAUUCUUUGUAUUUGCAUAUGCUCAUGCGUUUUAUAUACUUUUGCAUCCGGCAAACAAAUUCGAUCCUUCAAUGCCUGACUUUAACAAUGACUCAAAUAACCCUUGGAAUCUUGCAACCACCUAUAACCCUAUUAAUAACGGAAAUGUUAUCAUGAGUCCUUCACUUAUCUUAUUGCCAAAUGCAAAUACCAAUUUAUAUGAAUUUUUUGGAACUGCACUAUUAGCUGUAUAUAAAUUAAUGACAGGGGAUACUAGUUCAUUAGCAAAUUGGGAAUAUUAUAAUAAUAAGACCCUUGUCUUUUUAUGGAUUUCAUUUUCAUUGUUUACGGUUAUUUAUCUUUUAAAUUUAUUUAUUGGCUUAUUGAACGUAGCUAUUGCAGAAAACAAUUCUAGAGUUUUAUUUCUGAUUCAAAGAGCCGAAAUACUUGCUGAAAUUGAGUUAUUUUAUCUACUUCCUCACCAAAGAAGAUGGGAAUCCUGGUUUCCAGACCGAAUCCUUUAUUAUGCACAUGUUGAUAAAUUAAGAAACAAGUUGUAUAAUAUUAAUGACGUUUAUAAAGAAAGCCGAUAUCAACCAAAUAUUCAGAAUCAUCUUUUAAAACUUCUUCAUAUGGAAACAAAUAUAAUCGACGAACCAGAUGAUAUUUUUAAAAUAAAUAAAUCUACACAAACUGAUAAUUAA